AUGCACAUAGAAGUAGAAAUACUUACGAUUGCAACAAAUGGAACAGAUAGCGUAAUGAGAGAUGCAGUCUACAUUAUUAGAAAUAAAAAAAUCAAGCUUUUUAUAUAUUAUAAAACUAGAAAGAGUGUUAAGUUGUUGAGCCCAACAAGUCACUACAAAAAUGAAGAAUCAUAUGCUAAGCCAAAGGAUUACUUACAAAGUGUCCGGUUUAUAAGAGACAAAAGCAUAUUAGGGCAAUGCUGCUCAAAGCUAAGUAAUAGCAUUCUAAAAGGCAAUAGUCAAAUUAAAAGUAAAGCACAUCGCAAUUUAGACUUUUCUAGAGUCUCAUUUAACAGGGCUCUGAGCCUUUAG